GAAGUGAUCCAGUGAAGAUCAGAAACUACAGAUCAGCCGUAGUGUGUUUGGUUCUUCUGUGUGUUCUUCUGCUGACUGCAGUGCUGUGUGUCCAAAUCUUUACAAUCAUCAAGCUUUUUCAGACCAAGAGAACAAACAUCAUGAAAGAAACAGACCAGCUACUAACCAACAUCACCAACUUCACAGAAGAAAAAGAUGAACUAACAAAAAACAAUGCAAAUCUGUCAAACAAGCUAAAAGAUCAACUUUCAACUCUUGAUGAAUGGAUUUACUAUAAAUUCAGUUUUUACUACAUGUCCAAUGAGAAAAAGAACUGGACUGAGAGCAGAAGAUACUGUACAGAGAAAGGAGCAGAUCUGAUCAUCAUAAACAACAGAGAGGAACAUGAUUUUGUUAUGAAAAUUACUAAUAAAACAGCAUUCUGGAUUGGUCUGACUGACAUUGAGGAGGAGGACACUUGGAAAUGGGUUGAUGGCAGCAGAGUGACCUCUGGAUUCUGGGCGUCCGGUCAAGACGUAGAAGAGCCAAAAGGAGGAAAAGAUGAGAACUGUGCUGUGACUUAUUUAACAUAUAACCCUGAAUUAACAGGGUGGAAUGAUGUUAAAUGUGAAACAGCUUAUCAGUGGAUCUGUGAGAAGAGUAUUUUACCUUUCAUACAAGCAGAAAUGUCUGAUGAUAUUUAUUACAAUGUGAUCGGAACUGAGUCUGAGGGAAUGAAGACGGACAGAGCAGAGAUGACAGCGGUUAUCUAUGAGAAUGUGGACCGUGAGAAGGUUUAUGACUUCAUGACAGAGACGAACACGCAGUGGCCGCUUCAGCGUACAGAUAUUAAGAAACAGCAUUUCCUGCCAUCUUCAGGACGUGAUCCUGUGAAGAUCACAAGUUGUUUGGUUGUGCUGUGUGUUCUUCUGCUGACUGCGGUCAUAGCGCUGUGUGUCUACGUCCAUGCAAACAACACAAACUGCACACAAGAGAGAGAUAAGCUACUGACCAACAUUACCAACCUCACAGAGGAGAGAGAUCUAAAAAGAUACCAGCUAAUAAAUCAACUUUCAAAGGAUGAAAGGAUUUACUAUAAAUUCAGUUUUUACUACAUGUCCAUUGAGACAAAGAACUGGAAGGAAAGUAGACAUGACUGUCUGAAGAGAGGAGCAGAUCUGAUCAUCAUAAACAACAGAGAGGAACAAGAUUUUGUUAUGAGAAUUACUAAUAAAAGAGAAUUCUGGAUCGGUCUGACUGACAUUGAUGAAGAGGGCGCAUGGAAAUGGGUUGAUGGCAGCACACUGACUUCUGGGUUCUGGGCGUCUGGAGAGCCAAAUAGAGGAAGAGCAGAGAACUGUGUUGUGACGUAUUUAACAAAGUGGCCUAGAUUAAUAGGCUGGCUUGAUGUUGAAUGCAAUGAUGCUUUUCAACUCAUCUGUGAGAAGAAUAUUUGAGUUUAACAGUACAAAACAUUCUGAAUGAAUGGGUAUCAUCUAGCAUCGCUGCUGCUGAAGCGUCGCCUAUAAAGCAGUGUAUAUAUUAUAAUUUUUGGAAUUUGUUUUAAAAACUUCAUUUUAAGUUAAUUAUGUAAUUAUGCUUUAUAAGAAGAGCAUUUAAGCUCUUAUUUUCUUUAUUACCAAAAUUCUGUUUUCAUUGUCAUUUUGGUUCAUAUUUUCGUAAUUUUGUUGUGCG